AUGAAUAUCAACAAUCGCAACAUUCGACUCGUCAUUCAAGAUAUUGACACACUACCAACACCAAGUACAUUGCUGCCAAUUCACAGUGUAGUUCAUACGUAUGAACUAGAAAUGAGUCAAAAUAUAGAUGAUGACUAUUAUUACGAUGAAAAGGAUAAGAGGGAGAAAACAAAAACAAAGGAUGAGUUGGAGAGUAUGCAAAAACAAGAUCUGAGAAUCAUAUGUUCUAUAAGAUUGAUACGCGAUCAUCAAAAGACAUCAUCUAAAUCUUCGAUGAUCAGUACAUUACUAGACCAACAACGAAAGAAUAGAGAUAAAAAAAGAGCAAAAGCAACUAAAUCAACAAGUAAUAAUAGUUAUUUUAAAAGUAGUAGUAGUUGUGUCGUUCUACCAUUGACAGUGCAAUCAAAGAUUAUUUAUUUGUUGUGUAGUCAUCGACAGAAUGAAUAUCAACAACAAGAAGUGACCAAUCAAGAUCUAUUUAUGUAUACACUGGCGAGUGUAUCAAAAACAUGGAGACAGUUGACUGCUGCUUGUUUGACAUCUCCUUGGACUAUCGAUCUUUCAAGAGGCAAGACACUUGAAGAGUACAAUCGAUUCAGUCGUCACAAUCUCAGUCUUUUAUCAAGUGCCAAUCACAACAUUCAAUUCGUCAUUCAAGAUAUAGACUAUACCAACACCAAGUACAUUGCUGCCAAUUCAAAGUGGUUUAGAGAAGAGGUCGUCAACAACAACAAAGUGUCGGGUAUCCAGAUCAAUGACAAUUUAGAAUUUGAUUAUAGCCAACCGGAAUGGACAUCUUUGAUCGAGAGACCUAUACCAACACUCAAGAAAUUCAAGAUCUCUGGUUUUAUCACCUAUGCUCCACUCGAUGUAUUUAGAGAAACAUCAACCGACGAGAUAUGUAGAGUAUUGGGUAGUUGUCACCAACUCGAAUCAUUGCAUUUGGAUUUAAAUAAUAAUGAACGUAAUAAUAUCGACUUGGGUCGAGUAUUUUCAAGUAUACCUCGAACCAUUACAAAGUUGUAUUUCCGAUCCGAACAAAGUACACCAUAUCCAUUCAACCUAUUACCAACGACCAUCACCGAUCUCAUAAGACCAUUGGUACCACCAUCAAUCGAGGUAUUGGAACUCAAUUAUACCUUUUCCGAUGGAAUAGUAGGAAUGGAGAGUAUUUUCAAGUACAGUGGACCACUCUCCAAUCUACAUACUUUGCGACUCAAUACAAAUGUAGGUAAUAUUCACCUCCUCAUCCCAUUGAUCAUGUCGAGUAGCAGUUCAUUGAAAUCGAUCGACUUUUGCAAUACCUUUAGUAGUUAUGGUUGUUAUAGUGAUUUUAAAAAAGAAAAAAGAAAACAUCUAGAACCACUCUUGGAGGCCAUUGCAAAGAGUCCUUGUAUCGAAAAGGUUGCUUUUAGAGCCAGCGAUGAUUUUACAUUCACUGGCAUUCUCGAAAGACAUUUAAAACGUCUCAACAACAAGUCAUUGGUUUUGGUCAUUGAGAAAACAACAUUAUUCAAUAUUAAUAAUUAUCAUUAUGUUUUAUCAUCUUAUCAAAAAAUUGACUAUAAUAAAUAA